AUGAUGAUCAUAAUAUGUACAGUUCUCCUCUUCCCUGUUGGAGGAUGUACACAAAAAUAUACAGCAAAAAUUGUGACCGCUGGAGAAGAUGUCACUCUAACAUGUCCCCGAAGUGCUAAUUUGACAGGUUUUCUCUACUGGAUGAAAUUUGAUGUUGGAAACUCACCCAAGGUUUUAGGAGCAACUUUCACUUUUAACCACUUCGCCAUUAAUAGAACUCCACAUAUUAUAACCAAACAAGAACCAGGAACUUUUCUUCUCCAAAUACAGCAAACAAGAAUGAGUGAUAUGGCUUUCUACUACUGCGAACAAGUUAUUGAGCUACGAAAAAUCAUUUUAACUACAAUAUUUUUGAGUGUUGAAGAAUCAGACGCUAAAAUAUCUACGAUUGUUGAAGAGCUCCCAUCCCUUCCAGUGCUUCUAGGAGACUCUGUGACCCUUCGGUGUUCAGUUAUCUCUGAUGCUGACAGCCUCUCAUGUUCAGAUCAUCCAAGGGUUCACUGGUUUAUAACUUCAUCCUCUGAUGCCGGAACGUAUUACUGUGCUGUGGCCAAAUGUGGACAGAUGCUGUUUGGAAACAGAACCAAAUUGGAAAUCCAAGGAUCAUCUUCGUCUCUUUCUCUGGGGAUAACUAUGGUCAUUGUUCUGUGUGCUGCUUUGGUAAUCAGCUUGACUGUUAUUGUCUAUCUAAUCCACACCAUCCAGAAAGUAAAGAAUGCUGUUACUGGGGCCACCUCGCGUUCUGAAAUAACUGCUGGCCAGCAAAGUCAAUUGACAAAUGAAGAUGUUUUGGUUUAUUCUGAACCAAAAUUUACUAAGAGGAAGACCGAGCUAAAAGUGAAGAGAGGUGCGAAGGCAGCCGAGGGACAAAGUAUCUAUGCUGAUGUUCGGACUCGGGGUUGUGAAUAGAAGCACGAUGUAAGUGAAAAACUGAAGCUGAUCCGAUCGUUUACAA